AUGGAUGCCGGAAGUUUGACUGUGCGCACCAGGGCCAGCUCUACUGUCGAGCCCAAGGUGGUGCAGGGCCUACUCUCCUUAGUGCUGCAGCCAAUGAGAGGCAAGGCCAGCUCUUCCACCUACCACAGGCGGCAAGAGGUGUCUUCUGCGGAGGUACGCAUCGGGCCCAUGAGACUGACACAGGACCCUAUUCAGGUUUUGCUCAUCUUUGCAAAGGAAGAUAGCCAGAGUGACGGCUUCUGGUGGGCCUGUGACAGAGCCGGCUACAGAUGCAACAUUGCCCGCACUCCGGAGUCGGCCCUCGAAUGCUUUCUGGACAAGCAUCAUGAAAUCAUAGUGAUCGAUCACAGGCAGACCCGGAACUUUGAUGCAGAAGCUGUGUGCAGGUCAAUCCGGGCCACGAACCCCUCUGAGCACACAGUGAUUCUGGCUGUGGUUUCACAAGCAUCUGAUGACCAUGAAGAGCCCUCAGUCCUUCCUCUUCUUCAUGCAGGCUUCAACCGGAGAUUUAUGGAGAACAGCAGCAUAAUUGCUUGUUAUAAUGAACUGAUUCAAAUAGAACACGGGGAAGUUCGCUCACAGUUCAAAUUACGGGCCUGUAAUUCAGUGUUUACAGCGUUAGACCACUGUCAUGAAGCCAUAGAAAUAACAAGUGAUGACCAUGUGAUUCAGUAUGUCAACCCUGCCUUUGAGAGGAUGAUGGGCUACCACAAAGGGGAGCUCCUGGGGAAGGAACUCGCUGACCUGCCUAAGAGUGACAAGAACCGGGCAGACCUCCUGGACACCAUCAACACGUGCAUCAAGAAGGGAAAGGAGUGGCAGGGGGUUUACUAUGCCAGACGGAAAUCCGGGGACAACAUCCAACAGCACGUGAAGAUCACCCCAGUGAUUGGCCAAGGAGGGAAAAUUAGGCACUUUGUCUCCCUCAAGAAGCUGUGCUGUACCACUGACAAUAGCAAGCAGAUUCACAGGAUUCAUCGUGAUUCCGGGGACCACUCUCAGACAGAGCCUCAUUCGUUCAGACACAAGAGCAGGAGGAAAGAGUCCAUUGAUGUGAAAUCAAUAUCUUCUCGAGGCAGUGAUGCACCAAGCCUACAGAAUCGCCGCUACCCCUCUAUGGCAAGGAUCCACUCUAUGACCAUUGAGGCCCCCAUCACAAAGGUUAUAAAUAUAAUCAAUGCCGCUCAAGAAAACAGCCCAGUCACAGUAGCAGAAGCCUUGGACAGAGUUCUAGAAAUUUUACGGACCACAGAACUGUACUCCCCUCAGCUGGGAACCAAAGAUGAAGAUCCUCACACCAGCGAUCUUGUUGGAGGCCUGAUGACUGACGGCUUGAGGAGACUGUCAGGGAACGAGUAUGUGUUUACAAAGAAUGUGCACCACAGUCACAGUCACCUCUCGAUGCCCAUCACCAUCAAUGAUGUCCCCCCAAGCAUCGCCCAGCUCCUUGCUAAUGAGGAGAGCUGGGACUUCAACAUCUUUGAAUUGGAAGCCGUUACACAUAAAAGGCCACUUGUGUACCUGGGCUUAAAGGUCUUCUCUCGGUUUGGAGUGUGUGAAUUUUUAAACUGUACUGAAACCACUCUUCGGGCCUGGCUACAAGUGAUUGAAGCUAACUACCACUCCUCCAAUGCCUACCACAACUCCACCCACGCUGCCGAUGUACUGCACGCCACGGCUUUCUUCCUUGGAAAGGAAAGAGUGAAGGGAAGCCUGGACCAGCUGGAUGAGGUGGCUGCUCUGAUUGCGGCCACAGUCCACGAUGUGGAUCACCCCGGAAGAACCAACUCCUUCCUCUGCAACGCAGGCAGCGAGCUUGCAGUGCUCUACAACGACACUGCGGUCUUGGAGAGUCACCACACAGCCUUGGCCUUCCAGCUCACCGUCAAGGACACCAAGUGCAACAUUUUCAAGAAUAUUGACAGGAACCACUAUCGAACGCUGCGCCAGGCUAUUAUCGACAUGGUUUUGGCCACGGAGAUGACCAAACACUUUGAACACGUGAACAAAUUUGUGAACAGCAUCAACAAGCCUCUGGCAGCCGAGAGUGAGGGCAGCGAUUGUGAAUGCAACCCUACUGGGAAGAACUUUCCAGAAAACCAAAUCCUCAUCAAGCGCAUGAUGAUCAAGUGUGCCGACGUGGCCAACCCAUGCCGUCCCUUGGACCUGUGCAUUGAAUGGGCUGGGAGGAUCUCCGAGGAGUAUUUUGCACAGACCGAUGAAGAGAAGAGGCAGGGGCUGCCCGUGGUGAUGCCGGUGUUCGACCGCAAUACCUGCAGCAUCCCCAAGUCCCAGAUCUCCUUCAUCGACUACUUCAUAACAGACAUGUUUGAUGCUUGGGAUGCUUUCGCUCACCUGCCUGCCCUGAUGCAGCACCUGGCUGACAACUAUAAACACUGGAAGACACUGGAUGACCUCAAGUGCAAGAGUCUGAGACUUCCAUCUGACAGCUGAAGCCAAGCCCGGGACGGGGACACUCUGCUCUACAGAGGACACUGUGAAUCACAGCGCAGAACAAGCAGCAGGGUUUCCUUUACAAUGGAAACGACAGGUGGACACUAAGCGUUUAAUAUCCGACCUGAAUCAUGCACGCCCCCAAAUUUCAUUUUCAGAAAGUUAUGUUCCAUCAAUAAAAAUAUGUUCUUUUGAAUCACUUAGUGACAAAACGAGCCACUUGGCAGCCUCUUCUGCCAAGCUGUGAGCCAGCCUGCGUGCCCUUGUAAAACCCAUGGAGCUGACUGAUUUACUGAAGGUACCAGCAGGACACAAGAAGCAAAGACCUGUUGUCUGUGUGUCCAUCCUCCUGGUGGAGGCCGGGUAGCUUAGCCAGGGUUCAGCUCAACUGUUACCAGAAAGCUAACUGCUGAUGCUUGACUACCCUCCUCAGUGGCAAAAGGAUGGAGGAUUCCUAAACAUCGUCUCUGAGCAAAUAUGAGAAAGAAGCUAGUUAAAAUGGGCAGAGUGGGAAUGAGAUUGUCAGUAAACUA